AUGAGAGCGUUCGCGCUCGGCGGCGUGCUUGCCGCCGCUCUCUUUCCUUCCUCCCGCGCCGCCUUCAUCUCCUUUGAGAACUGCUUGCCGGACUCGUUUAUCAAUUCAUCUCCGKAGCAGCUGCAGUUCAGGCCUUUAUUCGUCGAAGCCUCCUUCCUCGGACCAAACCACAGCCUGAACCUCACCGUAUACGGCAAUGUCACUGGUCAGCAGUUCCAAGGCGCAUAUCCACCGGCGAGCAGUGAACAGUGGAGCGACGACAGCAACGCCUUUGGAAAGAUUGUCAACGUCACAGAUGGCAAGAUUGCAACGCUCACGGCGGAAUACGAGGUGGUGACAUUCACAGCAUAUCGCAGUCCAGGAGAGCCCUUUUGMGAUGCGCUGACCCAAGGCGACUGUCCUCUGGGACCCAUCUUCGGCUCCAAUGCCAGCGAUCCUCAAGAAUUGCACGCCUUCUCCGUCUCUCACGACUUUGGUGGCUCCUUCGCUUUCAGCACCAUCUCUACCACAUUUCACAUCAUCUCCAGCGGAGCAGUUGCCACGAACAUUGGCUGUAUCAGCGCUCAAAUCACUCCAGACCUGGGAAGCCAAAUCGUUGGACUCCUCACUUGGCUGCCCGCGGCCAUUCUCAUCAUCAAGGCAAUAGCGACGCUCAUGGCAGCGAUCGGCUCACCAUGGGGCAGUUCAGACAUAUUUCGCUGGAGCAGCAACUUUGGAAGAGACGAGGAUCUGUUACGGCUGGUGACGCCUGGGUUUGGAGAUUGUCUGCAGUACAUACAAUGGGUGGUCUUGACGGGAAGUUUGACACUGCAAUAUCCAGGCUUCUUUCGCCCAGCUGUGAGUCAGACUGGAUGGUCAAUCCUGCUGUUCAACGAGAGCUAUGUCAGCGGUGGAGACGGAUACCAUGCCCUGCAGGAUGGCUUGUACAACACCAAUGCCACCUACGGCCUUACCCGCAUGAGCCAACUGAUUGGUAUGGAACGAUCCCAGGACAUUUGGGCCUGCAURGCCAUUUGGCUGCUCGUCAUUGCCGGCGUGCUCGUCCUGCUAUGCCAGCUUGGCUUUUUCGGACGCUGGAUCUACCGAUCGGUCACCAACACCACCGAAGAGGACUUGCGGCAGAAAAACCUGCCCUUUACGCUGGGAAACAUCAUACGCCUGCUGUUCAACUACUUCAUCCUUCCGAUUGUUGCACUCAGCAUGUAUCAGCUGGUCGUUGCGCCCCGAUCCCCGGUCAGCGUUGUGGUUUGUGCGGUCAUUCUUCUGGUCAUCAUGAUUCUCAGCACCGCGUGGAUCCUCAAUGUCAUCUUCGCUACCAAACCGCGGACACUCCUUUUCGACGACAUGCCAACGGUCCUGCUCUACGGACCUUUGUACAACACAUACAGCGACAGCGCGGCACCUUUCGCACUAAUACCAGUUUUCAUCACAUUCGUUCGUGGCGUCGCCAUUGGAGCCGUCCAGCCCAGUGGCAUUGCCCAGAUUAUCGUUCUUGCUAUUUGCGAGGUCAUUCUCAUUCUCACCCUCAACGGCUUCAAGCCAUUCCAAGGACAGACAAGCAUGAAUCUCUACCAUACCUUCUUCGCGGCCGUGCGACUCAUCACACUCAUGUUGAUGAUCGCUUUCGUCCCUUCGCUGGGUGUGACGGAAGCGCCCAAAGGAUGGAUCGGAUAUGUCAUUUUACUCCUCCACGCCUGUGUCUUGGUGUUUGGCUUCUUCUUGAACGCUGCUGCGACAAUCAUUGAGGUCGCCAUCCGAGCCAUGGGCGCAGGUGGCAGCACUCAAUCUGGCGUUGUGCGAGGUAGCAUCUUGAACUGGCGCAUGCUCAAGAAGCGACAGGACCGACCGGAUCCAGGCCAUCGAAAUAGUAUGAUGAGCAGUGCCGCCAUCCUGCGCAAUUCGCAAGGGGAUGCAAUGAGCCAGACGUUCGGCGGACGCAGUAGAAGUGUCUCCGCUAGCAGCGCGCAGCUUCUCAAUCGCAUGAGCGGCUUUGACAACUUCUCCCAGCCUGGCGAAAGUAUGACGACUCCGGAUCCUGGCUCUGWCAUUCCAGGCGAUUACGGACCCAACACCAAGCCCCUCAUCUUUGGCAAAGCAGACGGCGACAACUUCUACAGACCUCCCCGGCCGCGCAAAUCAACGUUGGACGAGCUCAACCCCGGCCCCAGAACUAGAAAAGUCAGCGCUGCCGAUGUUCCUUACCAAGACUCUCCGGGCCAUGCUCGCGAGGCCAGUUAUGACAGCGGCGCCGGCCAUGGCUCUCCUCCGCCAGUUCACAUCCGCGAUCGCCAAGAAUCCGCCGAUGAGACUGGUAAUCGUACAGAUUAUGCGGUGCGAGAAGUCGACCAAUACUAUCGUGGACCGGCGCUUAAUGAGCAAGCGACCCGGAGGCUCAAGACCGGGCCAGCAGAUCCUACUGGCCCAGCAUCGACCGCCCAGAGCUGGUUUCAGAAAUUGAUAUUUGGCGUGCAGGGCAAGAAAAAGGACCAGACCAAGGGCUUUGAGGUUGUACGUUCCGCCCGUAUGCCGCCUCGACAGGACGACGGACCAGCAGAUGAAGGUGUUGAAAUGCAGACUGCACCAGCGAUGCGCGAUGUCAAGUACGAUGAUAACCCUUACAGUGACAUGCCAGAGAGUCCUGGAAAUGAGUUGCAGACUGUUGCAGGCGCCGAGAGGCCUAUCAGCCCGACUGAUGACCAGCGAACCAGUAUCGAAUUGAUCGAUGGCGCAAAGGGUGGCAUGCAUAAGCCAAGACUUGUUUCCAUAGGCUCUGCGGGGUCCAGAUCGAAGCACGCCUCGAAACUAUCGCGAACAGUUGGAAUGGGUGCGUCGGAGGGGACCAACUUCCUAGGACCGAACCUCGCAGGCCCCGAGGACCCCACUUUCGCUCCAUUCUUUGGUGAUUCAGGCAUCUACGAUCGCGGCACUCCGCCCAUCGGUCGCAGCGAUACCAUCUCACAUCCGGUUCUCCAGCCCAUUAGCACUGAGCAUGCGGCUGCGGUGGGAGUUGUCCCUGUCUAUCAACGCAGACUCAGCGAAGCAACCGCUGAAUCUUCCCUCGAUGGAUAUGGAGGGACUGCCGUGAAGACUGAAGACCGUCUUCGAUUUUCCGACCUCCCGAUCCCGACUCUGGCACCGAUUGAUCCAAUCGGCGGCAUUGAUCUUCCCUCGCGCUUCAACUCGAAUGCAAGCCGCUACACUACCACGUCGUACAACACCGCCCCUUCUAGAUACAACUCCUCCGCAACAGCCACUGCUUCACGAACAGCAGAACCUCCCGCCUCAUCAGCAAACUCGGAAUGGUUGAGAGCUGUUGACGGACUGGAUUGGGAUCAUACACCCAACACGGCUCCACAGCCCGUGCAACGCCGUACUCCCAGCGUCCCACGGAGAAGUUCCCGCCGGCAUCCCUCCUCUGAAGCUGGUUCAAGUUCACGCAGCCGAGGAGCUGCUGUCGAACACACCUUUGCCGGAUUCGAUUCCACAACCUACAAAGGCGACAUGACGGAACAUGAAUCCUCGGUCAAUGGACGAGCUUCGAGAGACGGGGUUGUGAAUGUUGACAAGGCGGUUCGGUCGACCAAGGUCAGUACGCAUAGGGCUGUAGAUAGUUUCACGAGGAAUAGCCUUGGGGUCAAUGCUGCGCUGAAGGAGAGUCAUGGAGAGGUCGAGGGUGGAGAGGAGUCUUGA